UGUCACUUUGUCGAGGAAAUGCACAGAGCAAGACCGACAUACCACCAUUCACAUGAACCAGGUUACCGAAGUGUGACAGCAGCUCCUCGUGCACUUUUUGGAAGGAACAUAUAUGUCAACUUUUGGAAAAAUAUUUAUAGAUUUUUUUUUCGACUUGCUGAUUUGUUGGACACGUUCUGGUAAAAGUAUUGUUUGGUUUAGGAGGGAUAUUUUAUGUGCAGUAUUACUGACAUUUUUGUAACUUAUUUCAAAAAGGAAACAAUAUUAUAAAAAAUAUAUAUAUUUUUGCAUAUAAGAUUCUAAAAAUAUAUAUCAAUUUACAUUCUGAGAGGCUUUUUCUGUAGCUCGGUCAACUUCAUCAGAUUACUCUUGAGAGCGGUCAUUGCCUCGCCGUUAUUGAAGAAGGAACGAGGUAGAAGUGUCUCAGCUGCAAUUUCUUCUCUGGACUGGAGAAGAAUAAUCAUUGCUCCGCUUAUCUGCACGUUGGAGGAUAUCGCUUACAUUGUAAAACUUCAUCAUCUGGCCUUCUGACAAGAAACACGAAAUGAAACCCUUUGCCUCGUUCGUCAUCCAGAUUGCAGUGACGCUCCAACUUCAGUUUUCACCUGCUCAGAGUACUCCCUCACCCAGCGCAAACAGCACAACUGGAGUAUUAAUGUUCCAGGAUGUGUGGGGCCGUAGUUUCUGCCGGACCAUAGAGAAGCUGGUGGAGGUGGUCCAAGAGUACCCUGGGGAGGUGGAGCACAUCUACAGCCCCUCCUGUGUGCCCCUGGUGCGCUGCGCUGGUUGCUGUGGCGAUGAGAACCUGGAGUGUCAUCCUACUCGGACCUCUAAUGUCACCAUGCAGCUGUUGAAAAUCAAGCCAGCGGAGCAGGGUCAAGAAUACGUUGAGAUGACGUUUGUGGAGCACCAGACAUGUGAAUGUAGAAUCAGGAAGGCUGUGGUGAAAAGUGAAAGACGGAGACAGAGAGGGAGAGGAAAGAAAAGAAAGGAGAGACAGAGAGUGAAAGAUUGUGACAAGUGUCAGCCACCUCGCAGAUAACUGCAGUAGCAGCCCUACACCUGUUGCAACCGGCAUCUCUAUUUAUUCCCUGCCCAGCGCUAACAGUAUCAAGAGUCUUCAAAACAAACACAUCAAUACUGUGUGUCUCCAUGCACCUAGAGACUCAAGCAGCUGGGUUGUUAUGGUGACAGGCCCUCUUGCUGUAGGGGAGUGUUUCUAACUUAGGUUCCACAGGAAGCACAUGUUGCUUGGUGAAAAAAAUACCUUGGUGACAACUGACCUGACAGACAUUUCUGUGAAGCAGUGCAAUUGAAGACCAAACAUUUAAAGGUUUUACAUUUAAAAUCAUGAUGGAUAUGUUUUGCAUAAUUACAUGAUUAUUAUUGUUUAGUGUUGUUUAUUUUAUUGCUGUGGUUGUUUUAGCUGCUUAUCCCAUUUAACAUGAAUAGGCCUAUUUAUGCAUAAAUGUUCCAUUCAUGAAAUUGCAAUGUUGUUUCAUUAAAUCUGUGGGUUCAUUAGGGAAAGGAGUUGCUAGUCUACUAUCUGAAUAAGUUAUAUUUUACUUUUUGUGUUGUGGUAUAAAACAUUGUACUGUCAUACAUGGACUAUGUACUAGUACAGUCAGUGAGUUUUCAGCCUUAUGUGGAGACUAGGACGUACUAAGUGCUCAGGAGCCCCUGCAGCAGCAACAGGACUAUACUAGUAGAAUAUCACCCUCCAGUGGUUACAAAUGGCAUUUUCAUAGUAAUUUUUUUAAAGUGGUUUGUUUCGGAUGAAGUAUAGAAUUAUUUUAUUGAUAUAAUAGGUACAGUUAUGUCCAUCAUAAUUUUUUCAUAGGACAAGGUGUUGGUGUACUUUUAUGGAAUUAAAUACAAAAUAUCAUAAAAUAACCACAAUAUCAACAUACAUGUAGGCUAUGCAAUAUAUUGUAACAUACACAUUGUAUUUUUCAUCUUAGUGUUAAAAAAUCAGACAAGUCACUGGCCAUGUAACAUAAUAGUCAAUAACUCCAAAGCAAGUUGACCUACAAGUAGACCUGCAAGUAGACCUACACUGCAAGUAGACCUAUACCCCAGUAUCAAUUUAAGGAGCUACGUUAGAAAGAUCUGAGUUUAACCAACUUAAGCUAAUGGAACUUGAACUGACUGGUUGCUGUGAAAAUGGCUAAUUGGACCAUAUAAACUCUGUUAACAUUUUAACUUGGUGAUCAAGACCCUCAGACUAGGUGUGCUCCUUGUUUCUCUAUUUCAUUUCUAGGCCUAUAACUUCUGCUGUCAUUUCUGUUUCAUGACUUACGGCGUUAUUGUGUUUUUUCCAGACUACUUUGUGUUUCUGAUUCUUUCACAGCUGAACCAAAUAUUAAAAUGAGUUGCUGCUCUUAGUUUCAAUGUUUUCUAUUCCCCUCUGUCAUCCACUCACCUCAAGUCAUUUUACAAUCUACAAACUAAUCGAGUACACUAUCACAAUGCCCUCCACCUGUGGUGGGUCUGUUUUUAACAUGACUUUCAUAUUGGCCUUUUUGUGUAUUAUCUGUUGAAUAAAGCAGUGGGUUGAUGUACAGAA